GCAGCCGCGGACCUGAGGGCGGCCGGGCCUGUGGCGGUGCGGGCAGUGUCAGGGCCUCGGCAGCUCUAGCGGAGUCUGUGGUCAUGACAGCCCAGGGCGGCCUGGUGGCCAACCGAGGCCGGCGGUUCAAGUGGGCCAUCGAGCUGAGCGGGCCGGGAGGAGGCAGCAGGGGCCGCAGUGGACAGGGAGACUCACUGUAUCCAGUCGGUUACUUGGACAAACAAGUGCCUGAUACCAGUGUGCAAGAGACUGACCGAAUCCUGGUGGAGAAGCGCUGCUGGGAUAUUGCCUUGGGUCCCCUCAAGCAGAUUCCCAUGAACCUCUUCAUCAUGUACAUGGCAGGCAAUACCAUUUCCAUCUUCCCUACUAUGAUGGUGUGUAUGAUGGCCUGGAGACCCAUCCAGGCACUAAUGGCCAUUUCAGCCACUUUCAAGAUGCUGGAGAGUUCAAGCCAGAAGUUUCUUCAGGGUUUGGUCUAUCUAAUUGGAAACCUGAUGGGGUUGGCAUUGGCUGUUUACAAGUGUCAGUCCAUGGGACUGUUGCCGACACAUGCAUCAGAUUGGCUAGCCUUCAUUGAGCCACCUGAGAGAAUGGAAUUCAGUGGAGGAGGAUUACUUUUGUGAAUCCAAGAAAGAAGUGAAAGAAGUACCUACUACCCAAGGAUAUGAGCUUCAUUUACAUCCUGUUUAAGCUUACCCAGUGUCUCUUAAGUAUACUCACUUUUAACAUAAUCACUUAAACUGAAAAGAACCAAAAAGCUCACUUUUCUUCAUGGUGAGGAAAUAGAUCCUAGAGGACAAUGUGGAUAUUACUACAAAGAAACUAUACCAGAACUCCUGACUGAAAAUAAUGUAGAAAACUUUAUUUAUGUUUCCAAUACAGAGCAAAACAACAAAUAAAACCAUGACACUACGUAAACAAAAGGAUGGUAACUGCUAAACCAAGAACCAUAGCAGCAUCUCUGAAUAAAUUAAAUGGUUGAGAACAAUGCUUAAAAAGUUGCACAAGUUCCCCUUAAA